UAAUAUCACCCUAGUCUUUUUUUUUUUGUUUCAUAUGACAAAGUUGUUAUAGCAUAUGUUUGGCCCGGCUUUUAGAAGUGCUUUUCGGCUUCAAAAACUGAAGCAGGGCCAAACACCUCUAAAAGCUCGGCUUUUGAAAAGUCGAAAAUCGCUUUUGUAUAACAUGUUUUGGAGCUUCUGCGAAAAGCUGUUUUGAAAAUACAAGAUUAUCUUUAUCAUAUUUUAAUUUUAUUUCAGAAAAUAUAUUUUUUCUUAAUUUAUAUCAUUUUAAAAAUAAAAUAAAUUAUAAAAUCAUAUUAUUUAAUAUAAAAGAAAUCUAACAAGAUCCAUUUUGACUACUUUUUUUUAUUGUUUAGAAUUUUUAUUCAUAUUUUAUAUUAUAAGUCCUUUAUAGUCAUUUUACACAAACUCUCGUAUUAAAAAGCACUUCUAAUAGUUUUACAGCCAAACACUCAACGCCAAACUAAGCUAAAGUUAUUAUAGUAACUUACUUCGUUCACCCUCCUGCAGCAACCGGAGGCAUCAUCUUGCUAGUCACGAUCGUUCUUCUGGCCUUCAUCAUCUACAGACGAAGAAAGAGAGAGAAGAACUUCUUGCUCAACGGUGGAAUGCUAUUGAAGCACCAAAGAGUGAGAAUCUUCAAAGAAUUCGAGCUCUCCAAGGCCACCAAAAACUACGACGCCACCCACUUCCUCGGCGAAGGAGGAUUCGGCCGUGUCUACAAAGGAAUCCUCCCUGACAACACCGUCGUGGCAAUCAAGAAACCUAAAGGCUCGAUCGACAAGGCUCAAACCAUCAACCAAGAAUUUGAGCACGAAAUCACCAUCGUCUCGCAGGUGAACCACAUCCACGUCGUCAAGGUGGUCGGGCUCUGCCUCGAGACCAAGCUCCCGCUCUUGGUCUACGAGUUCAUCCCCAACGGCACCCUCUUCGACCACGUUCAUAGGCAGAGGUCUGAUCUCAUGUCUACAUGGAAAAACCGACUGAGAAUCGCGACGGAGAUUGCUCAGGCGCUCGAUUACAUGCACUCGCUGGCGAACCCGCCAAUCAUCCACGGGGAUAUCAAGUCGACCAACGUUCUCAUCGACGAGGGUUUUCGCGCCAAAGUCGCCGACUUUGGCGCCUCUGUUCUGAUCUAUCCCGACCAGGCAACCGCCAUGUUUGAUAAGAUCCAAGGCACGUUGGGUUAUCUCGACCCCGAGUAUCUCGUGACGGGUAAUCUCACCCCGAUGAGCGAUGUGUACAGCUUUGGAGUCGUGAUGGUCGAGCUUCUGACAGGGCAGAAGCCUUACUCUGGAAGCUCGACCAGAACCGAGGAGAAGGUUAAUUUGGUUCAGUAUUUUCUGAGUUCGAUCGGAGAUAUGAAUUUGGGAAGGAUUAUAAAUUGUGUGGUGGUUCGAGAAGGGGAGAUGGAGGAGAUUGAGGCGUUUGCUGAGGUGGCGCGGAGGUGCUUGAGUUCAAGUGGGAUAAAGCGGCCUGCGAUGAAGGAGGUGGCGGAGGAGCUUGGACGGCUGUUGAGGAGGUUGGAUAAGAAAUAUUGGGAGUCUGAUCGGAAGGGUGAUAACGGCGGGGAGGAGAUGGAGUGUUUGUUGAGGAAGAAUGGUGGCGAAUCUUGUUCGAUGUCGUUUGGUGGGGGUUCGGAGUUUUGGUCAGGGAGGACGGAGGAGCUGCCGGCGACAGAAACUCAUAGCAUUGUUGCUAUGGAAAUGGGGUCGUAUGAGAUUUUCCGAUGAUGGUUGUUGGCCUCAAGGUUCGAGGUUCGAGACUUAGGGUGUGACGGAUGUUCUCUGUUAAUUAUUGUUUUCUGUAUAAUCAAUGUUAGCCCCGUGUACAAUAAGGACACAGAUAGCUCUAGGGUUAGUCGGUUAAAAGCCCUAAAUGUUUCAACAUGUGGAGAAUCAUGCUAUUAUGCCGAAACAUAAUAUUAAAACCUGAGAGGGGGAGAUUCUCUUCGUGGACUAGUGUAGUCCUGACGAUACCACGUUAAAAAUGUCUCGCGUGUUCUUGUACUUUGUUUGAUAUCUUGACAUGAUAUCAGAGCCUCUCGACUUGGUAAUCAUUUUACUUCAAUAACAAUCUUUGUUGGUGUGUUGCAAGCUUUUGCGAGAUGUUGUUCUUCGUGCCCUCCAUUCAGGUAACCUUAGCUCUUCUCUUAUCCAGAGUUUCCUCAUACUCGUGUCCUUGGUGGCGGAGCCAGAAGUUCGAAACAGAUGCGUCCUGUUGUAUAAUAUAAUAAAUAUUUUUAA